CACCAGCACCAUAAUCUAGCCUAUUGUGGCAUUUUAAAUACAAUCUCUAUCAUAGUCACAUUGCGUCAAUAGCAUCUUCUACCCUCUACCCUCUACCACCUUUGGAGGAUAUUUAUUCACAGCUUCAGACGCAACGCAUCUGCCGGUUAUGGCAGCACCUCGCCUGAUCUUUCUAUAUCCUGCCUUUUUCCGGUCAGCUUCUGCACCUGCCGAGCAGAGGUUAGUCCAACCAUGCCUGCGACCGAAGACCCAACGUCGGGCACCAUCACCCAGAUCAUUUCGAACUUCGGCUCGGUGCUGUGACGAAGGUCUCCGCCAAAAACGAUACGGCAGCGCGAACGAACCGAUACCUCCUCAGCUGGAGGCGCCCGAUGAUGCAACGAAAUCGCAAACUUCUGGCGGAGCGGCCGCGUCCGAGACACAAGCACCGGAUGAACAUUCCCCAGAGCAAGGAAAUAGCAAAGAUGGGCAAAAUCCUCCGAGCUCAGAUGCGCAGAAACCACCACCGGUAGCUCAUCACGCCCUCGAGACCGUUCUACAUCUAGCAUCACCAGCAUCAGAGAAGACGAAAAGCGAGAAUGAGGAAGCCGGAAAGCCCCCGCACAUGCGUACCCCACCAUAUGUGCAUCACUUCGAUACAUGGACAUUGGUGCGGGAUCUGGAGACGGGAGGGUUCUCUCAGGAUCAAUCUGUCACCAUGAUGAAAGCUGUCAGACGGCUCCUUACAAACAACAUGGACCUUGCACACAAAGGCCUGGUCAGCAAGAGCAACGUGGAAAAUGAGACCUACUUAUUCCGCGCGGCUUGCUCGGAAUUACGGACCGAGAUCCAGAACAAUCGAAAGACAUCUGUUGAGCAGAUGCGCAGCGAACGUAAUCAAUUACAGCACGAAGUUGAUAUCAUAAAUCAGCGGAUGUCACAGGAACUCCUUUCGCUUAAGGAAGAUCUAAAGGGGAUGUUUGACGACCGGAAGAUGAACGUACGAUCUGAGCAGCGCGAAAUGGAAUCCAAGAUUCAAGAGCUUAACUACAAAAUCACUGUCGCUCUCAACUCAGACGCUCGCACCCAAGUUGAAGGACUCCGAUGGGUCUUAACUAGACGUGCGGCAACCGCCUUAGGACUCUGCGCCUUGAUGGUAUUGAUCACGCUCCGAUACUACAGCUAUAUGACGCACACGCAAGAAGCUGAGAGAAAAAAGAUGGCCGAGUCGAUAGCGGGCGAUAAGAGAGGGUUUGGAGGUGGAUCGAAUGGACCGAAUGGAAAUAUAUCCGGGUCUGGGAUCCCGGAGAGCAGCGAUUUAGCGGUCCGGAGUUCUAGCGGUCAAGCUGCGGAAGGUUUGCUGGUUAGCGAGGGAAGUUUGGGUUAAUGAAUGCGGUGUCGACCAGCUGUUGGACGCGGGCAGCGAUUUGGUCACAUACGACGGGAGUGAUCCAUUAGCACUAUAGAAUUAGAAUCCGAAGAUACCCAGAAUCUGGUCAAUCGUGCACAUAGAAUUGGUUAACCUCAUGCAUAAGGUAUGAUCUAUAGCGGCACUAGGCAAAACGAAAC